AUGCUUUUCUUUACUCAGUGCUUUGGGGCAGUGUUAGAUCUUAUUCACCUGAGGCUUCAGCAUCAUCAGGCAAAGAGAGUCUUCUCUUCAGCUGGACAACUGGUCUGUGUGGUUACCCCAACACAAAACUCAAAGAAUGCUCCAAACAGAUGUGCCAUCGCUGGAGAUUCCACUCCACAAAUCAGGCAUCAUCAUUGCCAGGAAACGGUCCACGACCCGCAGCUGACUUCGUGCUCUUGCCCUUUGUAUGCCUGUAAAUGGGAAGGUCACUUGGAGGUGGUUGUCGCUCAUUUAACUCAGACUCAUACAGUAAACAUUCUACAUGGAACAGAAAUUGUCUUUCUUGCUACUGAUAUGCACCUUCCAGCUCCGGUGGACUGGAUAAUUGCGCAUUCCUGUCUUGACCAUCACUUUUUGCUUGUGCUUAGAAAACAAGAAAAAUAUGAAGGAUACCCACAAUUUUUUGCAACCAUGAUGCUGAUUGGCACGCCGGCACAAGCCGAGAAUUUCAACUACAAACUGGAGCUGAACAGGAACCGGAGAAGACUGACAUGGGAAUCCAGUCCCCGCUCUGUCUUAGACUGUGUUGACUCUAUAAUUACAGAUGGUGAUUGCCUCAUGCUUAAUGCCUCAGUGGCUCAGCUCUUUGCCGAUAAUGGAAGUCUGGCAAUUGGAAUAGCAAUAACUUCAAGCAAACUUUGUGCUGCUCAGCCUGAAAUGUAA